AUGCCUGCCAUCAAAAAGGAGAGACUGGAUGGGGACGUACUGGCAUUGGCUGCCUUCAACCAGUCCGAAUACCUGGCCCCUUUAAAUGCCACCGCUAUCACUGUGGUGACCCCACCGCAGUACGACCAUAUUUUCGCCCAUCACCGCGUGUACUUGGGGCUCCACGACACGGCACUGCAUCACCAGCACCUUCACCAUCACCCGGACGACUUAACGCUGGAGAGGUUUUCCUCCAUCCCCGACUUUCAGCCGUUUUUUGAGAACGGGGAACCAUGCAUCGAGGUGGAAUGCGGGGAGAACAAGGCUUUACUAUACAUUAACAAACUGUGCCAAGGUAGUAAGGGACCCUCAAUCAAAUACCGGGGCGAGUGGCUCACCCCGAAUGAGUUCCAGUUUGUCAGUGGAAGGGAGACCGCCAAAGAUUGGAAACGAAGUAUAAGGCACAAAGGUAGGCAACAGCAAACAUUAUGUCUACAUUUUUUAAAAGUAUGUUCAUUUUGAGAACCAUACCCAAUUUAAGGUUUUUGUCAUUGUUUGGUGAGUGGAAAUCGGUUUCCCUGGUUUGGUUCUGCGUUUCGUAGUUAAAGGGUUACUCAGCAGUACACCAACUACAGUGCGUAAGAAGGGAGAUGAGAAAAGGCACAUACCCUCGCUGUAUCUUCACAGGCAGCGACCAUUCUCAUAACGGGGAGUCAGGAGUCGUGGACUAAGGUGAAAACCGUUAAUAUUUGGGUACAGAAUUCUUUAAAUAUAGUAUGGCAGUUAAUAGACGUUGUGGGUAUCAUUCCGUUGAGUGUUGGGUAUAUCAGCAGGCUAAGUGGGUGUUGACACCUCAAAAGACCAGAAUGAUGUUGGAGACAGGGAACAGCAUUAUUUUACUUGAAGUUCUAGGCUAUUCCUUACUCUUUUGGUUAUUUCGGGGAGCUUAUGGUUGCGAUGCAACUAUCCAAAAUAAUGAUGUUAUUAGUUUGCUACUAUUUUGGUUUGAAAAGUUAUACAUUGGCUCAGACAAAACAAACGUAUCAGAAGAUGUUUGUGAAUUGAUUUAGUAUUAGAACAAUGAAUAUUAUUGACUAACUUUGGGCCUAUUUUAAUAAUUACGCGUUAUUGCGAUGACCGCGUGCGCACUUGUUUUUGAACCCCACCUCACCCCAAGUUCUGUUGGGGGAGGGUGUUGCCCUGAAGUAAUAAAAUAUAGGCUGAUAAUGGAAUGUCUCAUAUCUGAGAUUAGAUACAAUGACAGUAGCCUACUGUCUAUGGAUCUUACCACACGGGGCUCAACUAGAACUCAUCAGUGAAACUAGGUAAUUUAGUUAGAAAAACUUGCAAUUCCAAAUGUAAUGUUUAUGUUUUAGUUUUGGAUUCGUGAUUAUUUAACAAUUAUCCACAUUUUGUGUUGCACAAACUGUUUUAUUCAUGUUUAUGUGUAGACUCUGAUAACACAGUCUUAUGUUUACUAUACAAAUAUAUAGGCCUAUUUAAGGCUAUUGAAGAUCCUGUCAUGUGUAAUCACCUCGAUGUGUGUAGGUUAUUACAUGUAAUUGAUUUAAAGUUGCUGAUAUCAAUGGGUGCUGUAUAAGUAUGGUUUAUUUCUUUAUUAUAACUAUCUCUCUCUCUCUCUCUCUCUCUCUCUCUCUCUCUCUCUCUCUCUCUCUCUCUCUCUCUCUCUCUCUCUCUCUCUCUCUCUCUCUCUCUCUCUCCCUCUCUCUCUCUCAGGGAAAAGUUUAAAGACCCUUAUGUCCAAAGGAAUCUUACAGGUACAUCCUCCAAUCUGUGAUUGCCCUGGGUGUCGAAUUUCGUCUCCAGUGGUAAGAUUAUGGUUCCAUCAGCAUUUAAAUUCUUACAUCUGUUUUUCUUGAUUUAUCAUUGGUUUCAAAAGUGUAUGUUGCCUUGCUGAUUCCAAUUGGCUGUGUUGACGACUGGGCUAAACGUUUUAUUUUAAUUGAAGACACAGAGUAAGCAGCAUUGGUAUUUUUUAAGCAAUCUGCCUUUAGUGACAUAAUUUAUUCAGAAUAAUAUUGGUCUUGAAUGCUCAAUGCUUGGGUGAUGAGUCCUGAUAGUUUCAUAUGAUAUAUUCCCAAACAGUGCCUUCAGAAAGUAUUCAUACCCCUUGACUUAUUCCACAUUUUGUUGUGUUAAAGCCUUUAUUCAAAAUUGAUUAAAUUGAUUUUUUUCUCUCACCCAUCUACACCCAAUACCCCAUAAUGACAAAGUGAAAACAUGGGUUUUGACAUUUUUGCAAAUUUAUUGAAAAUGAAAUACAGAAAUAUCUCAUUUAAAUAAGUAUUCACACCCCUGAGUCAAUACAUGUUAGAAUCACCUUUGGCAGCGAUUACAGCUGUGAGUCUUUCUGGGUAAGUCUCUAAGAACGUUGCACACCUGGAUUGUACAAUUUUUGCACAUUAUUAUUUUUGAAUUCUUCAAGCUCUGUCAAGUUGGUUGUUGAUCAUUGCUAGACAGCCAUUUUCAAGUCUUGCCAUAGAUUCUCAAGCCGAUUUAAGUCAAAACUGUAACUUAGACACUCAGGAACAUUCAAUGUCGUCUUAGUAAGCAACUCCAGUGUAUAUUUGACCUUGUAUUUUAGGUUAUUGUCCUGCUAAACUGUGAAUUUGUCUCCCAGUGUCUGGUGGAAAGCAGACUGAACCAAGUUUUCCUCUAGGAUUUUGCCUGUGCUUAGCUCAUCCAUUUGCAUAUUUUAAUACAAUAUUUCAGAAGAAUUGUAAUACAAAAAAGUAUUACAUGUGUGUUUACAUUCAACUGGUAGAAGUUGAUUGGGAUAUUAUUAAGGGGGAAAAUUACCAUAUGUGGUGUGUGGUGCUUGGCCUUAAGUUUUUGUUCUGCCGGUUGAGUAUGCACUUCUUUAUGUCAUUAUUCACAGAUAUAUACACGGCAUUGAAAUCAACACUGGCUCAAACCACAAAAUUAAGCCGAGUUUGAAUGGCACAAUUCUAGGCAAAGUUAAUAAGUAAUAUGAAUGGGUGACUAGUCAGGCUCCCUUUGCUAGAUUGAUCUCAUUCUCAUGGCUCUUCUGUCCAUUGCUGCUGUUCCUCUCCUAGCUGUUUCACUGGGCUGUGUUUGCCAUGCCGUGCCCGUUUGGCUGAGCUAAUGGCAUUAUGCCAAGCAGGCUGUGAGGCGUCACAGGUGUGGUGUCUGUGCCAGUGUGCUAGCUUUGAGCGAGCACGUCACUGGCUCACCGUUGCAGACUCACCGUCGCCGGCUCACUGUCGCCGAAUCUGUUCACACAGGUGUGCCGUGUGUGUGUUUUCUAUCACUACGGAGUGCAUCUGUCAUCGCUCCCAAGCGCUAAUCUUGAGGGCGUAAGAGGCUUAGCGAGCUACUGAGUGUGGCUACUGCUGAUUUUUGUGUGUGAUGCAUGCAAGGCAAAGGUGGUUUAGAUAAGCUGGUGUUUGAGUGAUAUAGGUAAACUGGUGACGUUUUUCACAGCCAAGAAUACAGAUAUUCGCUACAACCACAUAUAGUUAAUGGAAAAUGAUUUGCAAAUGGAAUGCAUUGGCUAAAAAGAGAGUUUGUGGAGAAUAUAGAAGUAGAUUCGUUUUUGGGGGGAAUUUAACAUAUCAUUUUCAGAUAUGGAUAUUAGGUCAUGGGUAUACUGAAGUUAUAGCAUAGUGGUUUCACUCUGUAGACUAAAUGAAUGAUACUGCAGCUAAACAGCGGCACAAUCAAUAUUGUCGGGUUGUCUGAAAAUUGUCUCUCUUUAAAGAAAAUGUACGUAAUUUCUACUGACAGUAAAUUAACAGUCAUAGAGUGACAUGACUCAAGUAACUUGCCAGGAGGAGUUGCCUUUCUGAGUCCUGACACAAAAGCCUAUUGUAAUCGUCCUGUUUACAGCAGUGUGCACACCUCUUUGUUGUCAGUGCCUGUUGUUUGCUUAGUCAGAAAUGGCAGGCUUUUCUCUACAGACGUGCUUGUCUGAUGACUUGUGAUGGUUGGUGAUAUUCUAUCUAUUGUUUAUGAGCAGUGCGGGUUCCUGUGAAUUGUUUUCACAAACCAAGGCUGGGAUUUCAACAAAUCUGAAAUUACUGCCAAAUAACACAUUGUAGGCCUACAUGUAUCUCACAUCUUAUCAUCUUAUGUAUGUCAUCCUUGGCACAGCAGAAGGUAAUACAUUGUAGACAGCCUCCUGUUUGGCAUUCAAGUAGCUGAAAGUGGCACAGGUUGAAAAGCCAUGAUAAUGUUGUAUGACAGUAUGUUACCAUUGUGCUGAAUGUGUCCAAACCUAUAGUUUUCCCCAGUUUCACUUUCACUCUCUCUCUCUCUCUCUCUCUCUCUCUCUCUCUCUCUCUCUCUCUCUCUCUCUCUCUCUCUCUCUCUCUCUCUCGCUCUCUCUCUCUCUCUCUCUCUCUCUCUCUCUCUCUCUCUCUCUCUCUCUCUCUCUCUCUCUCUCUCUCUCGGGAGGUAGAGCUACAGAGGCUACCCUAGUGAAUAACAAACACAAACAGCACAGCACAGAGAGUCGGCAGGUUCACGAGAGGCGUGGAGGAGAAUGGCAGGCAGCGGGGCUUGUCUCGUCUGUCUUGGCAUCUUCCUCCCCCGUGCCGCCCGCCGGCGAAUGGCACACACUAGCACUCUCGCUGUGAUGAUCUCACACACAUGCACGCGCACGCACACCACAUUAAUACAGAGCUACUGUACAUAUUCACCCUGUAACAAUUGAGCAACAUAACAUUUAGAGCCAUUUUCAGUGUUUUGUGUUAUGCUCUACUAUACUAGGCCUAUAGUACAGUAUACUGUUUAGUAUGCUGUUUUGCUAUCAGUUACUGUCACCAUUGGGAUAUAUACAACAUGACACAAAAGUGUGUGUUGAUAAAGUAAUAAUGCCAGAGAAGCCGGUGUUUGGAGGAUAUAUAGCUACUGGUGUUGUUAGGCCCGAGACAAAGUCGAGGGCGGGCAAACCGUGCCAAUACAUCCUCCAAAUACUGGCUUCGAGGGCAUUAUCACUUUUAUACAACGGGUUACCAACAUAUUCAAAUAAUGAUUGACAUACACUACCGGUCAACAUUUUUAGAACACCUACUCAUUCAAGGGGUUUUCUUUAUUUUGUACUAUGUUCUACAUUGUAGAAUAAUAGAGAAGACAUCAAAACUAUGAAAUAACACAUAUGGAAUCAUGUAGUAACCAAAAAAGUGUUAAACAAAUCAAAAUAUAUUUUAUAUUUGAGAUUCUUCAAAUAGCCACCCUUUGCCUUUAUGACAGCUUUGCACACUGCCUUGAUGACAGCUUUGCACACUCUUGGCAUUCUCUCAACCAGCUUCACCUGGAAUGCUUUUCCAACAGUCUUGAAGGAGUUCCCACAUAUGCUGAGCACUUGUUGGCUGCUUUUCCUUCCCUCUGAGGUCUGACUCAUCCCAAACAUCUCAAUUUGGUUGAGGUCGGGGGAUUGUGGAGGCCAGGUCAUCUGAUUCAGCACUCCAUCCCUCUCCUUCUUGGUAAAAUAGCCUUUACACAGCCUGGAGGUGUGUUGGGUCAUUGUCCUGUUGAAAAACAAAUGAUAGUCCCACUAAGCCCAAACCAGAUGGGAUGGCGUAUCGCUGCAGAAUGCUGUGGUAGCCAUGCUGGUUAAGUGUGCCUUGAAUUCUAAAUAAAUCAAAGACAGUGUCACCAGCAAAGCAGCCCCACACCAUAACACCUCCUCCUCCAUGCUUUACAGUGGGAAAUGCACAUGCAGAGAUCAUCCGUUCACCCACACCGCGUCUCACAAAGACACAGCGGUUUGAACCAAAAAUCUCCAAUUUGGAAUACAGACCAAAGGACAUAUUCCCACCGGUCUAAUGUCCAUUGCUUGUGUUUCUUGGCCCAAAUAAGUCUCUUCUUCUUAUUGGUGUCCUUUAGUAAUGGUUUCUUUGCAGCAAUUCGACCAUGAAGGCCUGAUUCUUCUCUGAACAGUUGAUGUUGAGAUGUGUCUGUUACUUGAACUCUGUGAAGCAUUUAUUUGGGCUGCAAUUUCUGAACUUAUCCUCUGCAGCAGAGGUAACUCUGGGUCUUCCAUUCCUGUGGCGGUCCUCAUGAGAGCCAGUUUCAUCAUAGCGCUUGAUGGUUUUUGCGACAGCACUUGAAAAAACUUUCAAAGUUCUUGAAAUGUUCCAUAUUGACUGACCUUCAUGUCUUAAAGUAAUGAUGGACUGUCGUUUCUCUUUGCUUAUUUGAGCUGUUCUUGCCAUAAUAUGGACUUGGUCUUUUACCAAAUAGUGCUAUCUUCUGUAUACCCCCCCCCCCCCCCCACCUUGUCACAACACAACUGAUUAGCUCAAACACAUUAAGAAGGAAAGAAAUUCCACAAAUUAACUUUUAAGGAGACACACCUGUUGAUUGAAAUGCAUUCCAGGUGACUACCUCAUGAAGCUGGUUGAGAGAAUGCCAAGAGUGUGCGAAGUUGUCAUCAAGGCAAAGGGUGGCUAUUUAAAGAAUCUCAAAUAUAAAAUUUGGUUACAUGAUUCCUUAUGUGUUAUUUCAUAUGGUCGUUCGUUCUAUCGGUUCGGUUGCUAGAGACGCGACCCAGUCGUUCAGUCUUUAUGUUCUGUAUCUAUGGACGCCACCCAGUCGGUCAUUCUAAAUGUUCCAUUGCCAUACUGGCUGGCAAUGUUCUUAUCCCUUGCUUGCUAGCUAGCUAACUAUGGCUAACUUACAGUCACGUCAAAAAGUGCAGCCAGAAUAACAGCAAAGUAGCUGCACUUGCAUUUGUUGAAGCUGUUUUCUACAGACAUUUAUUUGGAUAUAUCAAUAACAAUGAGCUAAUGAGGCACGAUUUCGCCUGGCAUAGAAAAUGUGCUCACUCCUCAGGACACUGUGUUGUUCAGAGGAGCUAGCCAACAACACCGCUAACACAAUCACUUCAAACUGAAGCUGGAAAGACAGCGAACUCGCUGCACUUCGUUUCGUUUUACCUUUUUCAAUUUACAUUUCUUUGUAUAUAUCCAUAAAAAUGAUGCCAGCUGAUUCAUGAUUUCGACUGGCUGAGAAACGCUGCCUGCCUGUCUGUCUGUCUCGUCCUGACUCCUGGCACAUCCAUUACUAUGGGACAGCUGGAGAUCGAUUUUGAAUAUUGAAACAAUGUUGCAAAUGUCGGAGAGACAGACAGCGAGGUUUAUCCAAAUUUCUGCUGAUGAAAACAAAAUGUUAGUCUAAAAGAAAUGUGAGAUAAUGUCUGGAUGCUUUUUAUAGUAGAGAUCAAGUUUAUAAAUUGCUUGGCUGAGCUGAUGAGACAGUGGAUUGCGCAUUCAGAUGGAACUAUGUAAAUAGGCAUUUUAACUUAAUAGAUUUAGCCGGUGGUAACUUGUGGAAUAGACACCAGCUGGAAUGAGCUUUUAACCAAUCAGCAUUCAGGAUUAGACCCACUCGUUGUAUAAUUGACAAAUGUCUGGUUUGUCUGCUUGUAUUUGAUAUACUGAGGUUGUACUGUUGAGGUAUGACAUACAUGAAUAAAAUAGAACAUGUUAAUAAAGCCAUGUUUGCUCGUGGCUCCUGUGUUUAACUGCUCUGUAGACGUGUGCUCUUCAUGCUCCGGUGUGUGUGGUCACUGUUUGAGAGAGGGGUAAGUGGUGUGUGUGUGUGUGUGUGUGUGUGUGCUCCAGGGAGAACCGGGAUUUCUGCGCUCUGUUAUUCCAGCGGAACUGGCGGAGGCCGGGAGGAAAUUACACUCUUCACCUCCGGCUUGUAAAGCGUUCCUCCAAUCAGGGGCCUCCCCCUCUCCUGCAUCCUGACCACAUAGAGAGAAAGAACAACACACACACGCACACAUACACACACAUAUACGCACUCACAUACAUACAGUGCUUUCAGAAAGUAUUCAUACCCCUUGACCUAUUCCACAUUUUGUUGUGGUAUAGCCUGAAUUCAAAAUGGAUUCAAUGGAUUUUUGUAUCUCACCCAUCUACCCACAAUACCCCAUAAUGACAAAGUGAAAACAUGUUUUUAGAAAUUUUAGCAAAUUUAUUGAAAAUGAAAUAUAGAAAUAUAUAAUUUACAUAAGUAUUCACACUCCUGAGUCAACACUUUGUAGAAGCACCUUUGGCAGCGAUUACAGCUGUGAGUCUUUCUGGGUAAGUCUCUAAGAGAUUUCCACACCUGGAUUGUGCCACAUUUGCCCAUUAUUCUUUUCAUAAUUCUUCAAGCUCUGUCAAAUUGGUUGUUGAUCAUUGCAAGACAACCAUUUUCAGGUCUUGCCAUAGAUUUUCAAGUAGAUUUAAGUCAAAACUAUAACUCGGCCAUUCAGGAACAUUCACUGUCUUUUUGGUAAGCAACUCCAGUGUAGAUUUGGCCUUGUGUUUCAGGUUAUUGUACUGCUGAAAGGUGAAUUCAUCUCCCAGUGUCAGGUGGAAAGCAGACUGAACCAGGUUUUCCUCUAGGAUUUUGCCAGUCCUUAACCAUUACAAGCAUACCCAUAACAUGAUACAACCACCACUACACUUGAAAAUAUGGAGAGUGGUACUCAGUAAUGUGUUGUAUUGGAUUUGCCCCAAACAUAACACUUAUAAUUAGGACAAAAAUGUAAUCGCUUUGCCACAUUCUUUGCAGUAUUACUUUAGUGCCUUGUGUUGCAAACAUGAUGCAUGUUUUGGAAUAUUUUUCAUUUUUUCACUCUUGUCAAUUAGGUUAGUAUUGUGGAGUAACUACAAUGUUGUUGAUCCAUCCUCCGUUUUCUCCUAUCACAGCCAUAAACUCUAACUGUUUUAAAGUCACCAUUGGCCUCAUAGUGAAAUCCCUGAGCGGUUUCCUUCCUCUCCGGCAACUGAGUUAGGAAGAACACCUGUAUCUUUGUAGUGACUGGGUGCGUUGAUAUACCAUCCAAGGUGUAAUUAUUAACUUCACCAUGCUCUAAGGGAUAUUCAAUGUCUGCUUUUAUUUGUAUUUUUACCCAUCUACCAAUAGGUGCCCUUCUUUGCAAGGUAUUGGAAAACCUCCCUGUUCUUUGUGUUUUUUAAAAGUUUUUUUUAUUUUUUUUGUCAUUUAGCAGACGCUCUUAUCCAGAGCGACUUACAGUUAGUGCAUACAUUAUUAAAAAAAAAAAAAUUCAUACCCCAUGUGGGAAUCGAACCCACAACCCUGGCGUUGCUAACGCCAUGCUCUAUCAACUGAGCUACAUCCCUGCCGGCCAUUCCCUCCCCUACCCUGGACGACGCUGGGCCAAUUGCGCGCCGCCCCAUGGGUCUCCCGGUCACGGCCGGCUACGACAGAGCCUGGAUUCGAACCAGGAUCUCUAGUGGCACAGCUAGCACUGCGAUGCAGUGCCUUAGACCACUGCGCCACUCGGCAUCCCCUCGGUUGAAUCUGUGUUUGAAAUUCACUGAUCGACUGAGGGACCUUACAGAUAAUUGUAUGUGUGGGGUACAGAGAUGAGGUAGUCAUUCAAAAAUCAUGUUAAAUACAGAUGCACGCACAAACGCUAGCAAACACACACACACACACACACACACACACACACACACACACACAUACACACACACACACACACCUCCAUGUUAGGGGAGAUUACUCUUUGUUAUUAUUAUUAUUAUUAUUAUUAUUAUUAUUAUUAUUAUUAUUAUUAUAGCCUGUACAUCCCUGCCUUUGAAUAUAUUUGACCUCCAACCACAGUCAUUUUAGGGUCGUUGAAACUAAAAGAACCAUAGGUUACCAUUUCAAAAUCAGAUUUAUUGUGUGAUUUUCAUGUAUAUUUCAAUGUGUUGCACAUUGUAACCCAGUGUGACACUGCUAAGCCAUAGAAGUAGACAUUCAUUUGAUAUAUGGACUAGAGUCAGUGGUUAUUAGGGCGUGAUCCAUAUUAGUGCCUUUCUUAUAUAUAAGACAGGAAGAACAGGAAGUUACCGGUACAAUACCAAUAUAAGUUGCUGUAGAUAUUGUACAGAGCAGGGCCAUGUUCAGUUGCAAAACGUUCUCAAACGUUGCAGAUAGAAAUUCCAUGAAGAGAGCCGACGUGAUUUCUUAUUCUAUGUUGGAGAGGCAUGUUUGUUCUAAAUAGCAUAUUUAUAUCUGAACGUUCCAAAACGUUGCGUCCUGCUGAACGCACCCUUGGUUAGUGAUUUGAUAUGGCCAUUUGUUGGGGACUUGCUAUUGGCUGAGUGCCACUGUGAUGCUGGGGAUAAGCAGGACUGACGCCUCUGUGUUUCUGAACAGCUCACUCCCCGCAGGGAGUUGGAGUGUGUGUGUGUGUGCGCAUGCGUAUGCACAAAUGUGUGUAUGUCUUUUCGUGAGUGUGUUUGUGCUGUAGGUGUGCAAUGUGUGUGGGUCUCUCUGUGUGUCCCACAUGGCACUAAGGCUAUGCUACCAUGGCAACCACAGUAUCCAUCUUUAGGGCAGGAGCGAUGCAUGGUUCGGGACUCUAGUGUGUUUCUUAGUCAAUUGGCCAAAUUAGAGAAUAACUGAGUCUCUAAUGAUUUGCAUAUCCACUAGGGGUCUUGCAAUUUGGGUAGCCAUAGUUUUAGCAAUCAAUACUAAAAGUGCAACUUAUUGGCAGGGUUACACAUACUGUAACACACUCCCUCCCUCUGUCUCACACACACAAACACACAGGCACGCACGCACGCGCGCACACACAAACACAAGCGCGCACACAUACACUCAACAUAGCCACUUUAUAUAUCAAUGAAUAAUUCCAUCUGCAAUGAUCCAUUAAGCCAGUGAAUUAGCCAUUAGCCAGUGUUAGCCUGCACUCUCAGUAAGAGGCUAGAUGACAGGACCAGAGAUUGACAGGGAGAGUGAAGUCUCUGGCCUCGAUCAGAGCCCCUAUAUACCUUGCCUUUCUCCUGUCUCCUGUGUGUGUGCAUGUGUGUGUGUUUUUGGGUGGGACUGAUGGAGUAAGCUAAAUAAGGUGGACUGCUCGUCUAUCAGUUGUUUGCAGCUGAUGAUGACAAAGCCAGCAGAGAUAUUUAUGGAACUUCUCUCUCCUCCCAGUAUGUGAACAGACGUCUGACCUCAUAUGAUAGCAGAGUGUUCGAGUGGUCUCGUCCUCUUUCUGUGGGGCCUCUUCACUGACGCUACACUCUUAGAAAAAAGGGUUCUAAAAGGGUUCUUCAUCUGUCCCCAUAGGAGAACCCUUUUUUGGUUCCAGGUAGAACUCUUUUGGGUACCAUGUAGAACCCUCUGGGGAAAGGGUCCUACAUGGAACCCAAUAGGGUUCUACCUGGAACCAAAAUGGGUUCAUCAAAUGGUUCUCCUAUGGGGACACCCGAAGAGCCCUUUUAGGUUCUAGUUAACACUUUGUUUUCUAAGAGUGUAGUCACUCAACUCAGUGUUUCACACAUGCCACGGUAUGCAGAGUAGUGUGAUUGAAUGAAAGAUAUAUGCUAUAAUGCUAUAAAUACAGGUUUGCGUAAUUUGUUUGUAUACAAAAAUCUAUCUGUAAUUAUUUUCAGACAUUGGGGCGGAUAUAAAGCCUUCUCAGACGUAUAUUUUCGUUUUAUUCUGCAAAACUCAACCUUGCUGCACUCAGCUUUCUCUCUAUCUCCCUUAGACACCCCCUCCCUGCCUCUCCCCCGCUCUGUUUUUGUCUGGGGAGAGAAUGGCAGAGUCGUUACCUGUCUAAAGCUCUCGCACGGCUGCCUUGGCGGGCCUAUCCAAACACAAGAUAGAGGCGAGAGAGAGAGAGGCGCUGGCACACCUGGCUGCACCGCCACUAACCUCCCACCACCGCCCCUGCUCCCCCUCACCGCCUCUCGCCCUCCCAUACCCCUUUCCCUCCCUCCGCUCGUCCCUCGCCCUGACCACUGGGCCGCAACUGCCCGUUCGUGUUGGGGGCGAGGGGUGGGGGCAGAGAGGGGAGAGGGAGGACGGUGUGUGUGUGUCUGUGUGUGUGUGUGUGUGUGUGUGUGUGAGGGAGGUGGCGGGGGGAGGGGGGAGGGGGGGCGUUUGGUUGCAUGCCUGUCCUUCCCAUAGUGCUUUCUCCCCCCCAAAAAAUAAUAUUCUGGCCAUGAAAAACCAAGUGUUGCCUUGCCACUACAUACCCCCCUCCACAAACACACAGACACACACUUUUAUCACAGUCUUUUCCACUAUUAAAUAUAGUCCGUGACUAAGCAUUUAUAUAUGUGCCAUGUGUACAAUAUGGUGAAAAGGAGGUUGUAUGAUUUGUGGGAGGGGUUGUAUGAUUUGAAAUGUGUCCCUAAUGUAACUUCUAAAGUCUGUAAUGUACUUUCAGAAUUGUAGCUUACUUUAUUUAUAGAAAUGUCAGUGUCUUGGUGGGUGAGUGGGUGAGUAAGACAUAGUGGAGGUCAGCAUAAACAAAAAAAGGAGUUAAGUGCACACAAACACGUUUGUUUAGCUCUUUUUUUCACUGGACCUAUGUGAAUGUGGCAAUGACGGUACUUUUUUCCUCUCCCUCCUCCCUCCUCCUCUCUCCCUCAACCCCCCUGUUGUCUCCUAACUACCCCUCCCCCUCUGCCAGUCCUCACGCCAAGUCCCCCCUCAUACCGCCUCCGCACACACACACACGCUGAGAGGUAACGGCAGACAGGCGCGUGACUCAUUAGGCAUUCAUCCCCCAGGGAGAACGCUGGGGGGGCGCGUGCGAGAGAGAGAGACCGCCGCAGCUGCAGGAAUGUCGCGGGCGGCUACCGCUGUGUGUGCGCAUGCUGGUUUGAGCCAGUGGCAGGGUACAGCACCUUUUAGGAAAUAAGGCAGGGAGAAAAAACACAUGAAUAGACUUUUCCACAGAGGCUUCAUUUAAGGUCUGGAAUAAGCUUAGUAAAGAAAUGUGUCUUCAAUAAAAUACAAUAUUACUGUUUGCCAGUAUUGUUUGGCAUUAAAUAUAAGCCUGUGGUUUUGAUAAAACACUAACAACAACAACAGGAUCUUUCUGUAGUUUUAAAACAAUUAUAUUAUUUUAUGAAUGUAUAGAGCCAAUGCUACUAAAGUUACUGGUGUCUGUGUGUGUGGUACGGCGGUGGAUAGCCGACGCCAGCAUGGAGUUAAACACACACUUUGGUCGGAUAAGUGGUUUUAGUGAAAUGCAAAAGCUUUUUGGGAAGAAUUCCAGCCACAGGUCUUGUAUAGUAUACUCCUACUUUGUUGAAGUCUAAACCUGUGUGUGUGUGUUUGUCUGUCUGUGUGCACACAAAUGUGUGUGUGUUGUUUGUGUGUGAUGUGAAAUACAGAUAUAUUUAUUGGCUGGCCGUCAGACAGAAUGUGUAGGAGGGGAUAUUCAUAAAGGUGCUUUUAGUGGAUCGUUUAUGAAAUACUUUUUUCCAUUGCUGACAGAGGGUUGACCACACAGUAAGGCUGCCUUUAGUGUGUGUGUGUACUUAAAAUAACAAAAUGGAGUUGUUUCAACUAAUUAUUCCACAGCCUUUUUUUAUUGUUUACUCAACUUUUCGGUCCUAGUGAUACUUGAACUAAAACAAAAUAGUUGCCACAAAAAACAGCCAAAAAUUCAGUCAACUUAAAACUAUGUGUUUGCUCAACUUGUCUCAUAUGUUUAUUCAACAAAAAAAUAUUAUUUGGGCAUCUAAAAAAGGCCAUGGAACUAGUUACACACAGUGCUUUUAACAUACAAUGUUUUCAACCUACAUAUUUGACACACAUGAUUACAUUGUAAUGGCAUGUUCAUUUGUACAGUAAUUAUUAUUCAACAUGUUCUCACCUGGGAUUUGAACUCACAACCUCUUGGUUCACAGCAUUCCAAUCUUCCUGCUAUGCCACCAUGUCUGGUGGAAGAACAUAUGAGACAAUUUGAGCAAACACAUCAUUUUAAGUUGACUGAAUUUUUACGUUGGAGCUAAGUUUGGGCCAACACGUUUUUUUCAGUUUAGGUAACACUUCGAGUGAAAAGUUGAGUAAACAAAAAAAGGCUAUGGAACCAGUUACUUAAUAAUAAUUAGUUGAAACAACUAGAUAUUUUUUACAGUGUGUUUGUGUGUGUUUACAUAUAUGUUUAUACAUGUGUGUAUUUAAUACUACUUCUCCUGUUGAUGUGUGUGUGUUUGUGUGUGUUUAUUAUGAUUGUGUCUUUUUUACACUCCUACGUGGACUGCCAGGGGUGUGUUUUGUUUCAUGUUUUGUUUUAGAGAGCCCUCCUCUGCGCUGUGGAAGUGUUGCCGGAAACAGUGGGAGCCCACCCCCAGUUCUGCGUCAGUGCUGCUAAAGAAAGGAUAGGGGUUUUCCGGGGCUGGUGGCCUGGGUAUGUCAGGGCCAUGUGGGUGGUUGUCUACACACAAAGCCACAAUCUAUGUGCUUCUUCCUAGGCAGAAUAUUCCAGUGGACCAGCACACAAUGCUUGUCUGCUAAGUAAAAACCCUCUUUACAUGCAGGGGAAUUCUUCAGGAACAGGUGUGGUGUGUGUGUCCAUGAACAGGUGUGUAUGUGUGUUUGAGAGAGUGUGUGAGUUCACAAGGCAGGUGUGUGUGUGUAUGCGUGUGUACGUAUAUGACAGGUGUGUGUCUGUCUUAUACAGAGAGAGAGAGAGAGAGAGAGAGAGAGAGAGAGAGAGGAGAGAGAGGGGGGAGCAGCUGAUAGAGAGGAGAGAAGGAGGAGAGAGAGAGAGAGGAGAGAGAGAGAGAGAGGAGAGGAGAGAGAGGAGAGAGAGGAGAGAGAGAGAGAGAGAGAGAGAGAGAGGAGAGAGAGAGAGAGAGAGAGAGAGAGAGAGAGAGAGGAGAGAGAGAGAGAGAAUACUCCAUACCUCUAGUCCAAGUAGCUAAGUCAGAGGGAGUCGAGCGGGAAUAGCAGAGAAGUCCUCCACUGUCCUCACACAGUUGAGAAGAACUUAUACAAAGGUACUGCUUUCCACAGAUCUGCCUGUGGAAAGAAGAAAAGAAAAACCCUCUUUCGGUAAGACAGAAAAAUAGAUUUAUUUUGCAGAACUAUGUGGCCCUGCUCAUCCUGAGGGAUGUUUUCAUCUUUAUCCUCUUUUCCCCCCUCCCUCAUUUUAAUGUCUGCCACUUGAGAGCCUCCAGAGGGGUUGCACCUGUUUGCCUCUUGGCUAGGCGCCCCUGCCCCAGCCUGCCACUCAUGUCUUCGCCCCUUGUGGGAUGGAGGGAGGAGAGAGGGGGGGGGGGGGGGGGGGUUGUGUGUGGUAGAAGGGAUAGCUGGAGGGCUCAGAGGCAUCCGGGAGAGUAGAGUGGAGAUGUAGGCACUGAGAGAGCGAGAGGGAGGGAGGGAGAAAAAAAGAGCGACAGAGAGAGAGAGAGAGGGCGGGGAUAGAGAGAGAGAGAGCGUUUCAAAGUUAUGUCCACUCUGUGUUUAUCUGUAUUGCUUUUUCUCCUUUUUCUCCUUUUACUCAAAUUAAAUUCUCUCUUUCUUUCCUCCUCUUCUGUUUCUCUCCCCCAUUUCCUCCAAUUCUCCCUCUGCCUCUCUCUCUCUUCUCCCCCCCCCCCCCCCCCCAUAUUUAUCUCUAUAGAGCCGUGUUAAUCUGCAGUGACCUCUUCAGGUCACAUUAAAGGUCACCCAGCUUCACUCCCAUAACCCCUUAGGGCCACAAUCCUCCUUUCUUUUCCCUUUCGCUCCGCUCAUUAGAGCUUUGUGGCCCAAAAGCAGUGAACACUCCAACCAUAAUCAUUUCCUGUCCUCCCUUUAUAUGACCCCCUUAUCACUUAGGAUUCUGGCUAUGGUAAACAAUGGUUGUUUAGGCGAUCCCCCUAUCAUGAUUUCUGUGGUAAAUUUGAUAAGUAUGUUUGUAUGGAGGUAUAAUGUCAAUUGAAACCUAUAUUGUGUUAUUACUCACAUCCAUAGUUAAUAACUAUAUCAUAUAGUUGGCCUAUAUACUUGUCAGCGGUGUCUCAGCCAGGACAUGAAGCCUAUUCUUCAGGAAAAGCAUAUGAUUUUGGAGAGUAGUUUUUUUCCUGUGUUUCCUGAAUGGAGUCUAUCCUACUUUUAGUCAGUUGAGCACAUUUCAGUGGGCUUGUGCAGUAGUAAUGGCUUGCUUUUUCAAGCACAUUGCGAGGACCAUUGAUCACACUUGUCAGGUUUCCCAUUUCUAAUACCAAAAGAUAGUUUUGGUGUGGUGUUUUCCUUUAAAAUAGUACAUUUAUCCCUUUUUUAGGUUUUUUUGGUAGUUUGUUUCAUGAAUAGCCUCCAUAUUUGUACUUAAUAAUAAUCAUAAUUUUAUUUGUAUGUUCCGGUCAUACAAAUGACUAAUUCAGCUGUUAUGUUCAACUAUGGAGAUUGAGCCCAUGUGGUACUUUUUAUGUUCUUAGUAUUGCCUCUGAAUAAUGCUAAAUGCUGUUUCGAAAAAGUGAUGUAUUGUAGAACAAAUGAAUCUCAUAUAAUGAUCACUCCUAAUAUAAAUGUAUGCUAUUGCUUCCGUGACAGCAGCAGCAUUGAUUUCUGUGUAUGACUGAUGUGGAAUAUUAUGGUGGUCACUGCACACCAAGUCAGAUGUUUAGAGUGGAAGAGUGCUUAGAACGCUAGCUACUAGCAUGUUAGCACAUGCUUAUUGUUAGCAUAUUAAGCACAUGCUUAGUAUUAGCAUGCUAGCAUGUGCUUAGUGUUAGCAUGUUUAUCUGUGGAUGGAUAUUGACCUCAUUCCGUCAGUAGAGGAUGCCUGGAUGUUCUUCAAAAGUGCUUUCCUCUCCAUCUUAAAUAAGCAUGCCCCAUUCAAAAAAUUCAGAACUAAGAACAGAUAUAGCCCCUGGUUCACCCCAGACUUGACUGCCCUUGACCAGCACAAAAACAUCCUGUGGCAUACUGCAUUAGCAUCGAACAGCCCCCGCGAUAUGCAACUUUUCAGGGAAGUCUGGAACCAAUAUACACAAUCAGUUAGGAAAGCAAAGGCUAGCUUUUUCAAACAGAAAUUUGCAUCCUGUAGCACUAACUCCAAAAAGUUUUGAGACACUGUAAAGUCCAUGGAGAAUAAGAGCACCUUCUCCCAGCUACCCACUGCACUGAGGCUAGGAAACACUGUCACCACCGAUAAAUCUACGAUAAUCAAGAAUUUCAAUAAGCCUAAACGAUAUAAUAAGCCUAAACGAAGUCCUAAACGAUAUAAUAACCGCGAUCGAUAAAAGACAGUACUGUGCAGCCGUCUUCAUCGACCUGGCCAAGGCUUUUGACUCUGUCAAUCACCGCAUUCUUAUUGGCAGACUAAAUAGCCUUGGUUUCUCAAAUGACUGCCUCGCCUGGUUCAAUGUGUCAAAUCGGAGGGCCUGUUGUCUGGACCUCUGGCAGUCUCUAUGGGGGUGCCACAGGGUUCAAUUCUCGGGCCGACUCUAUUCUCUGUGUAUAUCAAUGAUGUCGCUCUUGCUGCUGGUGACUCUCAGAUCCACCUCUAUGCAGACGACACCAUUUUGUAUACAUCUGGCCCUUCAUGGACACUGUGUUAACAAACCUCCAAACGAGCUUCAAUGCCAUACAACACUCCUUCCGUGGCCUCCAACUGCUCUUAAACGCUAGUAAAACUAAAUGCAUGCUCUUCAAUCGAACGUUGCUUGAACCCGCCCGCCCGACUAGAAUCACUACUCUCGGCGGGUCUGACUUAGAAUAUGUGGACACCUACAAAUACCUAGGUGUCUGGUUAGACCGUAAACUCUCCUUCCACACUCACAUUAAGCAUCUCCAAUCCAAAGUUAAAUCUAGAAUCAGCUUCCUAUUUCGCAACAAAGCCUCCUUCACUCAUGCUGCUAAACAUGCCCUCGUAAAACUGACUAUCCUACCGAUCCUUGACUUCGGCGAUGUCAUUUACAAAAUAGCUUCCAACACUCUACUCAGCAAAUUGGAUGUAGUCUAUCACACUGCCAUCCGUUUUGUCACCAAAGCCACAUAUACUACCCACCAUUGUGACCUGUACGCUCUCGUUGGCUGGCCCUCACUACAUAUUCGUCGCCAAACCCACUGGCUCCAGGUCAUCUAUAAAUCACUGCUAGGCAAAUCCUCGCCUUAUCUUAGCUCAUUGGUCACCAUAGCAACACCCACCCGUAGUAUGCGUUCCAGCAGGUAUAUCUCACUGGUCAUCCCCAAAGCCAACACCUCCUUUGGCCGCCAUUCCUUCCAGUUCUCUGCUGCAAAUGACUGGAACGAACUGAAAAAAUCUCUGAAGCUGGAGACACUUAUCUCCCUCACUAACUUUAAGCAUCAGUUGUCAGAGCAGCUUACCGAUCACUGCACCUGUACACAGCCCAUCUGUAAUUAGCCCACCCAACUACCUCAUCCCCAUAUUGUUAUUUACAUUGUUAUUUAUUUUGCUCAUUUGCACCCCAGUAUCUCUAUUUGCACAUCAUCUUCUGCACAUCUAUCACUCCAGUGUUAAUACUAAAUUGUAAUUAUUUUGCACUAUGGCCUAUUUAUUGCCUUACCUCGAUAACUUACUACAUUUGCACACACUGUAUAUAGAUUUUCUAUUGUGUUAUUGACUGUACGUUUUUGUUUAUUCCAUAUGUAACUCUGUGUUGUUGUUGUUUUUAUCGCACUGCUUUGCUUUAUCUUGGCCAGGUCGCAGUUGUAAAUGAGAAUGUGUUCUCAACUGGCUUACCUGGUUAAAUAAAGGUGAAAUAAAAAUAAAUAAAUAAAUAAAAAUGAUCACAUCCUUAAUGUUAGCAUGUUAGCACGUGCAUGCUGUUAGCAUGUUAGCAUCAAACUGGAGAACAGGCAUUUCUAAGAGCUUCUCACCUUUUUCUGUAGAACCGCGGGCGUUUGGCAGAGAAGCGCACCAUCCCCCUGCCCCCCAACCGUGUGCCCAAGAGGGAGCUCUCCUCCGUCUUUAGCAGUGACGACAGCGAGGGCAGCGACCGCGCCAGCGGAGACCAUGCCCACAUCAAGCAGGAGGAUGAGCUGCAUUACAGUAUCAUAAGAAAGAGGUAAGGUCUGGAAGAACUCCUGUGUCGGAAUGAUAUUGGGAUAUACAAAACUCAUCACCUAUGAUCUGUCCAUACCCAUUCCCAACCUGUCUCAGUUCAUUGCUUUAAGGUGUGUAGAAGUGUACAAGCUCUGUGCUUACAGAAAGUUUUGUGUUGGCAUGUAAGACAUUUGUGUUUUCUUGCUUGUCUUUCUUGCUCAUUCUACAGUGCAAUGUUUGAGUCACUGAAACACUUCCCACCGCUGUGCAGUAUUUUGGUCUUCAUAGAGUUGAAUAUGCUUAAUAACCCUUUAUAAUACUAAUAAUGCUCUACAGUACAGGAUAAAGUGAGUGCAAUAAAAUAACUGACGUGCUCCUAAUAUUGAUUUGCACCCCCCAUUUGCCAUCAGAACAGCCUCAAUUCAUUGGGGGCAUGGACUCUACAAGGUGUGGAAAGCGUUCCAGAGGUGUUCCUAAUGUUAUGUACACUCAGUGCAUAUAAAUGGCCACAUGAUAAGCCAAAACCCCAGAAAUAACUAAACAACCAGCCCCUUCUGAUGGAGAUGGUGUGGCAUUUUACAUGACAACGGUUAGGGUAAAGGAGGGCUUGAAGAAAGGGAAAAACAGCAUGGAGGCAGAAACAAGCUCUGAUGCAUUAGCUACCGCUUAUGAGAGCAUGAUGUUGUUUUGCUGCUGCUGCUGUUGUCAGUAUUGUCCAUAUACAGUAUGAGAAAAAUACUGUAAAAAAAAAAAAAUACUAUCAAGCCGUCUCUUCUAACACUACUUUUGCCGAAAAGCUAUAAGACUGAAUACCAUUGCCAUAAACUGUGUUUCAGACAUCAGUACCUCAGCAAGCUUCAGACAAUAGUCAGAAAGUCAUCUCAAACAGACGUUAUGGGUAGUUUCACCUCAGUGGGGAUUUUUCCUGGCGCCAAAGCUGUACAUCACUCUCAUUUCAACUCAUGCCAGGACUGGGUAGAAAAUGAGCAGAUAAUCCAGUCUGUCACAGUACGCCAGUUGUGCUGUUGCACUAGUUUCUCAGCGUUUGGAAUAAUCUCAAUAAUCUCAUACAUACAGUGCCUUGCAAAAGUAUUCAUCCCCCUUGGUGUUUUUCCUAUUUUGUUGCAUUAAAAUCUGUAAUUUAAAUAUAUUUUUAUUUGGAUUUCAUGUAAUGGACAUACACAAAAUAGUCCAAAUUGGUGAAGUGAAAUGAAAAAAAUAACUUGCUUCAAAAAAUUCUAAAAAAUAAAUAACGGAAAAGUGGUGCGUGCAUAUGUAUUCACCCCCUUUGCUAUGAAGCCCCUAAAUAAGAUCUGCCGCAAACCCAACACCUCUCAUCACCCCGAGAACACCAAUUGAAGGAAUGAUGGAUGGCGCUAAAUACAGGGAAAUUCACCUUCCAGCAGGACAAUGACACUAAGCAUACUGCUAAAGCAACACUUAGUGUUUUAAGAGUAAACAUUUAGAUGUCUUGGAAUGGCCUAGUCAAAGCCCAGACCUCAAUCCAAUUGAGAAUCUGUGGUAUGACUUAAAGUUUGCUGUACACCAGCAGAACCCAUCCAACUUGAAGGAGCUGGAGCAGUUUUGCCUUGAAGAAUGGGCAAAAAUCCCAGUGGUUAGAUGUGCCAAGCUUAUAGAGACAUACCCCAAGAGACUUGCAGCUGUAAUUGCUGCUAAAGGUGGCUCUACAAAGUAUUGACUUGGGAGGUGGGGGGGGGGGUGAAUAGUUAAGCACGCUCAAGUAUUCUGUUUUUUUGUCUUAUUUCUUGUUUGUUUCACACGAAAAAAUAUUUUGCAUCUUCAAAGUGGUAGGCAUGUUGUGUAAAUCAAAUGAUACAAACCCCCCCAAAAUCCAUUUUCAUUCCAGGUUGUAAGGCAACAAAAUAGGAAAAAUGGGGGGUGAAUACUUUCGCAAGCCACAGCAAUAGGGAAAUAAAAAUAGUGACGAAGUCACAGCUAUUAUUUUUUUGAUCCUUUAUUUUAUGUUUAAUUUCAGAAAAUAGGCGGUAGGGAUUGGUAGUAGUAUUGUUGUUAUUAGUAUUGUUUGGUAUUGGUGACAGUAGUACAGUAGGAAAAUGUUGGUGGUUAUUGGCAUCUGGCUACAAUAUUUGUGUAAUGAAAUUGAUAUCAUAUUCCUUGUGUUACAAAUUACUAUUUACUGUAUAUAAGAAAAUCUUGAUGUAUUUGCAUUAGGUGAAAUAAGAUUUGAAGAAAAAAUGAUAUAUUUUUGGAUGCAACUGUUUCAAUCUCAAAAUGACAGAUAAUACAUUGAAGCACGUUGUUGUGAAUGUGGAUCAAAGACCAACAAUUUACUUUUCAAAGCUGAAAUGUUCCUUAGUUGUGGGUGGGGGAGUAGUUACGAGCCUAAUAUUGGGUAAUGGUGGAUGGUGUUUAGCGGUUACAUUAAAGUUGGGUUGUCAUCGCACACUGUAGGGCACUCACUCAAAUUCACGCACAUGCACACCCACUCGCCCAUCCACACAGACAGAGACAUAUAUACACACACAAUCACACACAUGCAGGUUCGUGGUUGUGGUCACCCCAUUAAGAUUAACCAAAUGUAGUGGAGUAAUAUUUUAUAUAUACACAUAUUAUAUACACCUCACCUGCAACUCAUAAUAAGACUAUGCAAUGAAUAUGUUAACAAAGUAUAUUAAAUUAAUUAUCUGACUCCAUAAAGAUCAUUUAGAAAUAUACAAGAGACUAUAGCUGAGUUACAGUAAUAGAAAGGUCAAGAAAGAAUUAAGUAAUGUCUAUAUGUAUGUAUAUGUAUUUAUGUGUAUAUGUAUGUGUAUGUAUGUAUAUGUAUAUGUAUAUGUGAGAAGAAAAAAAAAACAUACGGGGGAUUGGAAGUGAUGCAGACAAUUACAUUGAUGGAAGUUACAAUCUAUCUGCAAUAUUAAAGUUGAUCUAACCCCCCCCCCCCCCUUUUUUUUUUAUCUAUAUCAAAAGCAAAUAUUUAAUUAACAUUGUAAAAUGAAGGGAUUCACAAACAUUUCAGUCAUUUAGCAGACACUCUUAUCCAGAGCAAAUAGGGUUAAGUGCCUUGCUCAAGGGCACAUAGACAGAUUUUUCACCUAGUCGGCUUGGGGAUUCAAACCAGCAACAUUUCGGUUACUGGCCCAACAUGCUUAACUGCUAGGCUACCUGCCGCCCUGCACAAUACAUAAGCUUAAAUUACAAAGCAUUACUAGGCCUGAUCAGAGAGGGAGAGAGAGAGAGAAUUCAUAGUUCCUGAGGAGGAGAGAGAGAAAGAAGGAGAGAGAGAAAGAAAGAGAGAGAGUAUAUGUGACCGACCGGCUCAAUCCGGUCCUAUGUAGCAAAAUUUGAAAUGGUGUUUUUUACAUUGGAUAAAAGUAGAGACAGAACUAGAAAAUGGUAUAUCAUACACUGCAGUUGAGGAACAAGGGGAAAGUAAUUCUGCUUUGAAAGUUGAUAAACUUGUAACCCCACUUUUGAGAAAAUGGCUCUUGAAUGUUUUGGUACACCAACUGGAGAGCUCUUCUUUGUCUACACCCAUUCAGCAUCGUUCACACCCUCUAAAGCCUUAGCCCCACCCAUCUCUUUAAGGAUUCACAUGUGAGGCCAUGUGCUAAACAGAGUAAGGUGGUGUAGUAAACAACCAAAGAUUUCAAGACUAAAAGGGGUGAAAGUAGUCAGCCACAUCUAGCUAAGUGGAUGGGUCACUAUUGUCUAGACAUGUACACAUGUUCAUGAAAUACAAUAGAUCGUAAUUACCCCUAGACACACUGGAUAACUUGAUGGGUCAUGUAAUCAUCUAGUGAAGUGGAGUCUUUUGUUUUCGAUCUAGUGGAGUCUUUUGUUUAGCUAGCUAAACAAUGAACCUAAUGGUGCUUUCAAGACGACUGGGAACUUGGAGGAAUAUGAGGUCAAAUCAUAUGACGUCAGUGAUCUUCAGGUUGGAAAGUCGGGGCUCUAGAAAAAGGCCUGAGUUCCCGAGUUGGAAUUCCGAGUUGGAGGACCGUUCAAAACUAUUUUUCCCAAUCAGAGUUCUUUUUUUGUAUGCACUGAAGUUGGAAGUCGGAGAUUUCUGAGUUCCCAGUUGUUUUGAAUGCGGCAAUAAUCCCAACCCAUACUACUAGCAAUAUAAACUGAUUGUCAUGGCUAGCCACCAUGCAUGUUAGCACGUUAGCUAGCUAGCGAGCCAGCCAGCUAAUGUUAGCUAGUUAGCUAACAGUAUGCUUUAUCUUGCAAUGAAAACUACUUUCUGACAAAAUUAGAAACGUAUAAUAUCUGAAAAUGUAGCUAGCUAGACUAUCUUACCCGUAUACAUGGAUGAACGCUUCUCUCUCUCUGUCACAGAUGCCAUGGUUGCCCUUAGUUUGAAGAUGUAAUCCGGAGACAGGUGUUUUAUACAACAGCCUUCUGUGUGUUCUCUUUUCGACUGCAUAUUUGCAAUCGAAUUCCAGAAUUUUCUCCAUCUCUUUAGCUAUCAUACUCUGCUUCCACCGGGCAUUCCACUGGGUCAACUUCUUCCGUGACAACAACACUGUUGAUCGCCGUUUCAGAAGACUCUACAAUGUCUGGUUCAAUGAAAAUAUAUUUUUACCUAAAUCAGGGAUUUUCUCAAUGUCUGAUUCAUUAUCAGAGUCAGAGAGAAUCAGCAUGGCACAAUCAUCCUCCAGAAAGUGGAGAACAGUAGCAACACUUUUGCAGUUCUUCAUAUCUUUCAAAAAAGCUGUGGUAGAAAGGACUACCUACACAUACUGAGCAGCUCAUGUUAUAGACAGAAGCAUGCUACAUGGCAUACCAAUCCGAACUAAUCUCUCAGCAUGGCCAGCCCAUCCAUUAUCUCAGCCAAUAAUGUCUAGCGGGAAGCUUCCUGUCUUUUUCCGUGGCUAAACCAACUACGCUCUUAAUUUAACAAUUUUUAAAAAAGAACUCUGAUUGGGAAAAAUAGUUUUGAACGGUCCUCCAACUCGGAAUUCCAACUCGGGAACUCAGGCCUUUUUCUAGAGCCCCGACUUUCCAACCUGAAGAUCACUGACGUCAUAUGAUUUGACCUCAUAUUCCUCCAAGUUCCCAGUCGUCUUGAAAGCACCAUUAGGUUCAUUGUUUAGCUAGCUAAACAAAAGACUCCACUAGAUCGAAAACAAAAGACUCCACUUCACUAGAUGAUUACAUGACCCAUUAAGUUAUCCAGUGUGUCUGGGGGUGAUUACGAUCUAUUGUAUUUCAUGAACAUGUGUACAUGUCUAGACAAUAGUGACCCAUCCACUUAGCUAGAUGUGGCUGACUACUUUCACCCCUUUUAGUCUUGAAAUCUUUGGUUGUUUACUACACCACCUUACUCUGUUUACAAUUUUAUUUGUAUGUACAGAUGGCAUACAAGUUUGUUAUUAAGGAACAUGAAAGUUCACAUUUUAAAAAAUGCAUUUUGAUUUAAAAAAUGCCUCUCCUGUGAAGUAGUGACGUGCAACAUACGCCUAUUUUCCUGAAACGGCUCACAUAUCUCACCAGCACAGGUCAUGAACAAAAGAGAAAGAGACUUCGCUCUGAUGACAUACUCCACUUUUGUGUGUGCUAUGCUAGUCAAAUAGAAUCAAAGGAAUUGGGAAUAGAAAUCUCCCCAAAUCCUGUUUUUAACUUUUAUCCAUGUAAAAUGUGUGUGUGUGUGUUUUUUUUGUGCAUGCAAAUAUGAGGAACACGAAUAGAUAAGUAUCGUUCUGUUGUCAGCCAAGCUUGUCAGAAAUGUCAAUAGUAUCUGCUCGUUAACUUCCUCAAUGAAACUAAUUUUAACGCUCACUGCAUGAGAAGCGACUUGUGCAAUCUCAUUGAAGGAGAGGAUGUUGCCGUUGCUGCCUUCUCGAGACUGGUGUGUGACAUGGAGGACAGCACGGCAACUGUAAAGCUUUACAUGGAUCCACUAACCUCAUUAAAGAGGCUUAUUUCCCCCCCUGACACAUGCGCCGCUCGCGUGGUAAGAUGAUAAUGAAUUUAAAGAACACUUAUGACUAAUAUGUCAGGCUUUUACCCUUUAAAAGGCGGCGGACUCGCUGGAGCCACAGCUCCGAUCUGUCCCGGGCAUCCGUCUCGACCCUACUUUACUCCAAAUGCAAUGGGUCUGAGCAAAAGGGAUAAUGGGAUGUCCAAUUAAGGAAAUCUGAUUUCUAUUGACCACAGACCCAGUAAGUGAGUCGUAGAGGGGUCUUAACAAAUUGGAUUUGGUCAAUGGAUGGUGAAAAAUACAGGAUGCUGUACAUUCGUGUGAUUGUGGGGCCCCGUGUAGCUCAGUUGGUAGAGCAUGGCGCUUGCAACGCCAGGGUUGUGGGUUCGAUUCCCACGGGGGGCCAGUAUGAAAUUGUUUUAUGCACUCACUAACUGUAAGUCACUCUGGAUAAGAGUGUCUGCUAAAUGACUAAAAUAAAAAUGUAAAAUUGUGUCUGUUCUCUACCUCACACAUCAUCAGGAUUCUCGCUAGCAUUGUGUCACAUCACACUUGGUUACAUCCUGCAACAUAUUCAAUUGAGAUAAUUAUACUAUGUCAUUCUCAUCCUGAUGCAGAAAAUACCUGAUUAAAUUUAAAAACAUUGUGGUAUGGUCCACUUGUGCAUCAAUUUAGGGUUUCAUGAGGAGUUUACUGUUUUUGUGAGCUCAACUCCCUUGCCCCAAGUUGCUUCUUCAAGGUUAAAAUAAUAUUCAAGUGUAAUACCUUCGACCUAUAGAUCAUUUAACGUUCAUUCAUAUUUUCCCUUUCAAAAUAAAUAUAAUAUUUGGAACAAUCAGAUAUUGACCUAGCACUUUUUAAAUGGUUUGGAUGUUACCGCUUGGACGUGCUAUAACACAUAGGAAUAGGCUCUUGGAUCAGGCUAAGGUACUGUGGCUACAUAGUAACAGGAUUUCCUAGUUGUCAGAAAGGUCUUCGGAGGUGUUGUCAUCCUUGAAGAGGACUUGUCAAGUUCAUUAGAGAGCUCUAUAUCUUUUAACCGGAUUAAUGUUAAUGGCCAUCGGCUUUAUGGGUGAUUAGUUAAGUAGGCCCACCAGAACAGUGCGGAGAACUGUGCAUCGUUCCUGCUGAGUAAGCAAAGAGUGCCCGUGCCACUUUGGAACCCACACGAUGAUUAAUGGUCCGACCCAUUGCCACAUCUGGAACAAAAGUUAAAGCUCUUCGAUGUAUGGGUUAGUCCCUCUCUCCCUUAACUCAAACUGCAAAGACACAACCAGGGAAUAGGGAGAAGGCUAGAUCCUGAUCAGAAAACAAAUACCAUAGAAACAGAAACUUCCAAUAAAGCAAGACAAAGGUAUUUGAUGAUGAGUCAGAUAUUCAAUAGUUUGUGGCUUGCAAGUGUAUUGAGGCAAUCGGUAAGAGAAAUGUAUGGAAUUCGUUGCUAAAUAUUUGACAGUGGUAGCUUAGGUGUCUUAUACUCAAGGGAAAAACAAAGCCUACCUGAGUGUUGUUUGAGUUGGACGUCAUGUAGAUAAUAAGGCUUUGAUUCCAAAAUGCUGAUAGAGAGGGUUAUAUAAAUUCCACCUGCUGAUGUUGGGCUUUUAAGUGGCACCCUCUGGAGAAAAAAGCCACACAACACAUACGUUUAUAACCCUGGAAAUCUCACUAAGUCGUGCAUUUAUGUCAUGUUUUUCUAUUUCAUAUACACAACAAUUCAAUUCUUCCUAUUUCAAAAGCAAAAUGUUUCCCACAUUACUUAUUGAAGGGAAAAGAGCAGUAUUAUUUGUGUAGUAUAAACGUCUAAGUAGAUUACAUGGGAGGAAAUGGGAGGAGGGAGGUUGUCAUGAGGGUGGUGGUGGCAGGCCCUUCCGCAGAGGGACAAAGAGAGAGAGGUAACUGUGUAAAGCUGCCAUACCCAUUUCCACCAGGCAUAGCCUUCCGCGAACCGCCGGAUGCUAACAUAGCCACCACAACAUUGCGCUGUGACUCUGUGUAGGUGGCAGAGCUAACUUUUCAUGUGCAAGGUGCUAGAGGCUGAACCCAGGGGGAGUGCCAACUUGCACAACCUCUACUAGCAUAAUAAUACCUGACAAGGCUCUAUCAAUGCUGGUAUGUACUGGAGUAGAAUUUAUGAGCUGCGUAAAUUGGCAUUUUGUCUUUUGUCAGUUUUUAGUACUGUAGAAAUAGAACAUGUAAUUGUUGUAAAUUUUGUUUAUGUAGAUGCAACAGUAAUGCUCGCUAAGGGAAAAAUCUCAGUUCCGCAGAGAUAAAGUUUGUUGGAGGUAGCACUCCUUAAAACCAGUAGGUAAGACUGAAAGAUGUGUGUUUACAGUUGUGUAGUGGAAGAAUGGGUAGAUAUAGGUAUGAGCCCUAUACUCAGUUAUAGCAUUGUCUUAGAAUUGUCCAGACAGUUUUCUUAAGUUUAAUUUUUUAUUCCAAGAAUAGAGGUUGGCCUGUGUCUGUUCCUCUCCUUAUAGACAGCUAUUUGCUCCUAAAACAACAGCUAUAAAUAUUAUAAUAGUACUGUAUUGUUCGUGUUGACAUUUUAUUGUGUAUGACAUACCUACAGCUAACAAAUGCUUAGGGUUAACCUUUCUCUUACUCCUUUGAGAUCUCCUCUUAUGGUGUUCUUGGUGAAUUGUGUCUAAGGUUAAAGCCAGCAAGGGGACAUUAUGGCAACAGAGGAAUUCCUGGAAAGGGCUUUUACCCAAAGCACUAAUUAGUGAACAUAAAGUUUUUUCAAGCUUUCUGGAGAAAGGCUGAAGACUUAUUUGCGCCUUUCACACCACUUCUCCAUGGCAACAGGGUUCCAACAAUCCAAUGACAGAUUAGGAGAUGCUUGUAGCAAGAACCGAGUUUUCCACACAUGGAAGUUGAGUAUUUGUCUUCUUACUGCGCUUGCUGUGUGGAGGGGCAAACAAAAGAUGCUCAGGAGUCACUGUCUCUCCAUUUAAACAUAUGGAGGGUUGUACCUUAAACAGGGGGCUGUUCAAAAACGCUGUUUGAUUAUGUACUAUAGGAAACCUACCCUCGUGCCUUUUUUAGAGUUUAAGUCCUAAAGAAUCUUGUUCUCUUUUGAAUCUCUGUCCCUGUUUUGAAGAAUUGUUUAAUUGAAUCCCAAAUUAUCAUGGUCAUUGGACUCAUUCAUUUACUUUGUAAAGCGUAAUAUCGCCUCUGCACAAAGCGACAACUCACUGAGACAAUAGUUAACAUUAGAUAAUAGAUCAUAACAGAAACAACAUCUGAGAUCACAUAGGACCUUUGGGAGAAUAUUUGGUUUGAUCAAUGAUUCAACAUACCUCUACUUCAAUAAACACUGAGAUUAGAUUCAGACACCAUUUUCUGGCUCAGUUUAGCCUAGGUAGAAAACCAUACCAAGCCUCCACAUGGCAGAAUAUUUUAUUUCAUUGUACUUUCCUUUCUCUCUGCAGCCUUAUCGACCCCACAUCAGCUUCUGUAAGGAACAACAGGUAAAGCCCAAGAGAUAUCCUGGCCUGUUGUUAUUUAUUUAUGUAUAUAUUUCUGGAUUUAUUUAUGACUCCCUCUUCUUGCUCUGUCCCAGUUGCAGGCUGUCUUUCCAUCCAAACGUGAGCGGUAUACGAACACAAGUCUUUGUCUGAAAACAAAACAAAACAUACAAUUUGUGGUAAUCUAUGUUAUUACAUUAAGCCUACAUUUCUUUCACAUUAUUUAUUAAUUUUUCUCAACAAAAUGUCUUACUUACUUACAUCCAGAGUCCUGUUUUAACUCUCCCUUUGUAUUGGCAUGAGCCUAUAUCACACGGUAAUAUUUGAAAGUGAGUCAGGGCAGACUUGAGUAAGGGCUGUGGAUCACCUGCAGUUGCAGGUUGGAACUGGCUGUGUGGUCUGUUUGUUGUCUUGAGGAGGAGGGAGAGUGCUGCAGUAGCAGCAUACCUGCAGGCAGCAGCUGUUCCAAGCAGGCUGUCUUCUCUCCGGGUGUGUCCCAAAUGGCACCCUAUUCUCUAUAUGUUGCAUUACCAUUGACUAGAAGGGCACUGGUCAAAAGUAGUGUACUAUAUAGGGAAUACAGGGCUAUUUGGGAUGCAAACUCCCUCUCUCUACACCUGCGUGACAACUCCUCUGCCCCACCAUGGCAGCUGCGCGCGUCCCCCCCCUCCCCGUACACCUGUCUGUGAAUGCAGUCUCAUUCGUGGUGUCAGACAUGGCAUCGGGGUGCCCAGACUGCCAACCCGUGCCAGCCAGUGCCAGCUCACACUAUGCCCUCCAGCUUUGUCACCUCGGCUCCUCUUUGCCAAUGUCACAGCGUGGCACCGUGGGGUCACCCGCCGCUAUUCUGGUCCCAUGCCAGGAGAAUAUGCUUUUCAUGGCAUUUGGAGAGUGUGAGUAGUGUCUCCUGUAGUAAUGUAAGAGCAGCAGCUGCCAAGUUCCAGUAACUUUCCCAGUGAGCCUUUUCUGUGGGAGCUAUUUUCUGUUUGGGUCCUGCUGUAGUUCAUGAGUUUUAUAACAGCUUAUGAGUUAUUAUUAACACUUAUAGUCAGUGUUAUAACACAUUAUAAGUCAUUAUAAAGGACGUUAUAGAGCAUUAUACGUACUACAUAGAAAGUGUUAUCGGGAGUUUGGUAAUCUGUCUUUUCUCUUUGACUAGUUCCCGAAAAGAAAAUGUCUCAAUAUUAUACAGAUUUACAACGGAUUUUUGAGAAAAUAUACUUGGCAUGAAUAAAUUAUUAUAAUAUCCGGGUUUCCAUCCAACCUUUUUAUGCAAUUAAAUUACGUUGGAUAAAAAAUGUCAUGAUGGAAAGAACAUUUUUCGGUAAACUUUCCAAAUGUCGACAAAACUAAAUACGCUAGACAAGGUGGGAUCUAUUUGUGUCGGUAAACUGAAUUCUGCGAGAAAAUGUCGGUGGGAAAGCUUUUAUGCGCAAAUAUUGAUAUAAUAACCAUCAUAUCGAAGUAAACUUGGAGUCACGUGAUGACAUGUUGUGUGGUCCUCCCACUACAACUUGUCGGGAAAGCAUGCAGUUUAUUAGGCUACAGAUUAAAUACAUUAUGAUGAACUUCACAGGGUGCUGAAAGUGCAAGGUGAUGAGCUUGAUGCUCCUUUCCAAUAAAUAUUGAGGGUCUUAUUCUGAUGACAUAAUAUGCUUGGCUGCCAUUUGACAAAUACAAAUAUGUAGGCUAUUCAUGCACUCUAGCCAACAGCGCGCAGAUAGCACUGUUGGCUAGAGCGCACAUGCCAAUACCAGAGUGGGGACACUUGCUAAAUAAUGCAAAAAAUAUGUGAGAAAACCAUCAGUAGAGUUGAAAAUGCAAUGGGAAUUUAACCGCAAAAGGUAUUUUUAUGUGUACUACAUCAUCACGCACAGCCUUUUAUCAACAAGUUAAUUUGAUGGAAACACAUCUCUGGUGGGAAAAUGCGCCAAUUGGAUGGAAACCUAGCUACUGGCUAAACUCCCAACAAUGUUUUCUAAAAGUUGAAUUUCUUUUUUGAUGAGUAGAAUUUGAAGCUCACUGGAUUAAAUGGAUCCUGUUUCUGAUUCUCUCUGAUUCUCAAACAGUAAGCAAUGAAAAUAACCUCCUUUCUAUGCUGCUUAUGAAUACAGGUAGUGUUCAUAGUAAUCCAUGUCAAAGUUACCUUGCAUUAGGGCCUGGCUAUUACAGUAGUAGCAUCUGGGUCAUGGCGUCUGUCGGUCGGUCUGUUGGUCUGUCAGUCUGUCUGUCCUGUGGGCUGAACCAACUGGAGAUGAUUAGGGGGGUAUUGAGCAGUUUAGGGAUGAGCUGAGGAUGAGAUGAUUGUCUCCGGCGUGCGGCCUGGGUGAUAAAACGGCAGCUCAUGUCCUGCUUAGCUGCCCCCCCCCCCCACCCCCCCAUUCAUGAGGGAGAGCUGAGUCAGGCGGCUAGGUCUUAAAACACCCCCUCCCCAGCCCCGCUCACACCACAUCUCCCCAUGUCCAUUCCCUAUAGCCCUAGGCAGAGAUUAUGACCUUGGCCUGGCCACCCAUGUGGGGGGAAGGGGCUGUCCCUCUUUAGCCAACCACAUGGGGACAGAGCAGGAAAAGUGUGCUAAUUACCUGCGCUAACGAUGUCCUUGCUUGUCACAGCUUAGCGUCGUUACUUUACCACGGGAUAAUAACCCCGUAGCCUCAGUGAGAAGUUCAGUGUGACAUUAUCACUAUCACUUUGAGUGAUAGGGAGCAGGUGGGGUCGGGGGUUUAGUUGCUAGCGGUUUGGAUGAGUGCGGACCUGAGUUGCAUGGUUAAUCUGAGUUGGCCAGCCAUCUGACUAUGAACCUAAAGAAAGUAGACCUCUGAAUUGAGUGGAAUAAAAUCAUUAAAAAAAUAAAAUGUUAUAUUCUUUACAACUUGUCUGUAUUUUGAUUUAGGUCUAGGGCUUUGUCGGACUAGUGUCACCGAAAGUGUGAUUUCACUGCACAACAAAAGCAUCCUUGCUCGCUUAGCAACCAGACAGGAUGUUUUGUCUGCGUUUCUUUGUGUUUUGAGUUUGACUCACUGAUUCCCGCUAACUGAGAAGCGACUGGUAACCCAACGUGGUCAGAAUCAGACAAAAUAAAUUCCCACGCAUCUGUUCUGUACAAUUUGAAAAACAGCUCGGAGCACGACAGGCUGGCAUUAUGGAGCUGGAGCCUAUAAUCAUUGUGCUGUAAAAAGCCAGAAUCCAGCAGCCGCAAACCAUGUGGCCUCCUCGAAGUGGUGACCAAUCAGAACCAUCCCCAGCCACUCUGCCUUGUUACCAUGACCCCCUCCGCUGUCUCUUCCUGGUUAGCAAUAAUGUUCCCUGAACAUAUAGGGAACCUUUUGGCUCCUGUUUUUAUGUUAGACAACAUUAUAACUAGAAUGUUCACUAAACUUGAUUUGGACAUAUUCAGUUCAGACUUGAUGCUCCAAAUGUAAGGAAACCAGGAAAAACUAUUUAAUUUAAUGAGAUGUAUCUGUAUCUGAUUUAUCUGUCUUUUGUCUUUUGUACAAUAAAGAAGACACUUGAGGAUGUCACUCUUGAACAACAAAUGUAACAUUCAGUGAACCAAAACGUUUUAUCCAUUACCAUAUAGUGACAGAAAUUUGUCUGGGAUAUUCCCUCAAAUGCUAAGUGCCUGUUUUCCAUCAUUAUGCUGCUUAAUGCAAUCAGAGUGCUAAUCAGAUUGAGUGGAAGUACCUCCAUGACACAGUUGUGUGCAUGGCUGCUGCUGCUGGGUUAGAGGGAGCUUGUGGGGAAUUGGGCAGGCAGAUCCAAGCCCUAACCUCUAAAACCCUCCUCCGGUUUGGACUCGACAAGAGGCUAGGGCAGUGGUGUCACUGUGGGAGAGAGAGGGCGUUUAGUUUCCUUUCAAAUACUUUCAGCAUCUAGGGAUUACAGUUCAAAAUUGGCAAGCUGGCAAAUUUACAGAAAUGUUGCUAAAUGUGCAUCGUCCCUGUAACCUAAUAAGGUCCCUUUUCACUGAGUUCUGGAGUGCCCGAUGGGCAGGGUUUGCACUUUUGGGACUAUGCCAUUGGUUCCAUUGUGCCAGGCAAGCUCAGUCAAAUGCAGCUAAAGUAUUUGAAGUAAAACAAAUACUAUUUGAACUGAAGUCUGGCCAUUAGCGAGUCAGACUGACUGAGGAUCAGUAUUCUAGUUGGCCUACUGCAGUUUACUUUACUUGAAUGUUUAAAACAAAUCCCUGUAGUGUAUCUAGACAGACACUACAAACUGGUCUCUUCUCCCAUCUGAAUUUGGGGGAGCAAUAAUCUAAUUUUAAGCUCUUAAGUGACUUAGUUGAGUUCUGAAUGUGUUGAAUAAAGCAUCUUACUGUAAGGUUCAAGAUGAGUAGGGAUGAGACCAAAAGGUACUUGAUGCAGGAGUCUGUCAUUGGGGUGUCAUACACACCUCAAAGCCAAGGGAAGAAUAGACACACAGGUUGAUUAGUCACUAAUGAAGUCUGUUUGAAUUCCAAUUUCUACAGAAUACAGAAAAACAGUGGGUAUAUGAGAGGUUCUUGGUUAGUAUAGGUGUGUCUGUUUACGUGUGUGCGCACAUGCGCACACACAACUGUAUGUGGUGAAUUUGUGUGUGUGGAUAUACGCUAGUGUUUGUUCGGUCUUUUGUAUUCUAUAGAUCAGACUCUCCCUCGCCUGCAUUACGUUUUGUUAUAUUUCAUAAUUCUGUAGUAGAUUUUUCUUCUGAGGAUGAAGUGUGUUGUGAGUUACCGGGUAGAAUGGAGCUUUAAUUAACUGUAGCUGUAGCUAUGUACUGUUGUGUUGUGUCAUGUUAUGGUAUGUUGUGUCUUUCCCUGUUGAAAUGUGUGUGCUUUUUGCUAUGUUGUGUUACUAUGUGUGUGUGCCUUGUUGUGUCUUAAUGUGUCAUGUAAAGCAAUGUGUGUUGCUAACCCCCUGACUCUGUCUGUGUUUCAGUCGUGACAGUGACCUCUCUACGAUCAUCUCCAACCUCCACCAUACCAGACAGCACGGCAUGCCCGAGAGCCAGCCCGCAACUGACCUCAGCACCAACACAGGACACACAGGUAGGAUAGGUGUGUGUGUGUGUUUGUCUUUCUUUCUUUUUCUCUCCGUAUUCCUCUUAUUUGUAAUGAGGUUACGUAUUCUUCCAUCAACAUGAGUAAUCACUAUUAUGCAUUAGUCCCAUAAUUUGCUGUAAUUUGUUUGAUUGGGGAACUUACUGUAAGCUUAUUACUGAUUCCUGAAGGUGGCUCUCAAGUCAAUUACUAAAUGUAAUUUAUUUGCCUUUUCUAUUGUACUCCAGGUUUUUCCUUAAUCCCCUGUUUUAAAUUACCAUGAAAUAAAUAGCUUUGUUUGCCAUUAAUCCAGUUUCAUGGGCGUAAAGGAACCAUGGUGUGUGUUAAGCUAAAAGCCUUCUAACAGCUUACAGCCCCACAGUUAAACACCCCUAACACCAGCCACUGUUUCAUUAGUUUUAGUUGUUCUGAAUCAGAUUGUUUUAGUUCAGAAUUAGACUGUUUUAGUCCGGAAUUAGACUGAAUGUUGGAUGUUUAUGCUUUCAGGUAGAUACGUGUGUAAUAUUUCUGGGUAACAUGGCAAAAGUUAGACACGAUAGAACUAAUUGGUAUUUAGAUACUCUAGCUGUUGUGCGCUGGUGUAUGGUCUCUUUUCUGUUUUUUGUCCUUACAUAUCAUGCUUUGUGCAUAUGUGUGUGUGUGUGUUUUCUAUUCAGUAGACAUUCACUACCAAUAAUUGAGAUAAGCCAUGUCGGAAGUCCCCGACUGUUUUUGUGGUCAGAGGUGUCUGGAAUGGCCUUGUGUUACUGCAAGGACAUACUGUACUUUUACACAGACAAUUAUCCUUUUUUUUACCCAAACUAUCUCUCAAAUGUUGGUUAGGUGGGGACCUGCUGGUUUGUGGGUUAAAAAUAGGUUUAGACCAGCUGACCCAAGAGUUUUGGUUUAUAGAGUUUGUCACAAGAAAUAUCAAAAGGCUGGAGGUGAGUCACAGAAUAAAAACGAAGUGCUAACACUUUACAUCAAUGUUACAUUUGUAAAGGGCGGCAGGUAGCUUAGCGGUUAAGAGCGUUGGGCCAGUAACCAAGAGGUUGCUGGGUUGAAUCUCUGAGCCGGCAAGGUGAAAAAUCUGCUGUUCUGCCCUUGAGCAAAGCAGUUAACCUCCAACAACAACUGCUCCCUGGGUGCCUUGGAUGUCGAUUAAGGCAGCCCCCCGCACCUCUCUGAUUCAGAGUUCUUGGGUUAAAUGUGGAAGACACAGUUUGGUUAAAUGCAUUCAGUUGUGCAACUGACUAGGUAUCCCCCUUACCUUAGUGUCAAAUGUCCUUUAUAAAGGUAAUCUUAAAGGGGAAGUUCAGGAUUUUACAACUUGAGGUUAGAUGGUUCCUCACUCUGAAAGUAGUCUAUGGGCCAGGAGAAACUGUAACCCAUGGUUUGGUUUUCUUUAAAACAGCCAAUACAAAUUUCUCAAGUGUUACCAACAAAGCUGACCAACCACAGAUUUAACCCAUAAAGAAGUACCCUUACCAUGGUCAAGUAGUACAGUGUUCGGAGAGCAGAUCCUUACCCCCUGUGGACGGUCUGUUCCUCUUCAUCCCAUUAGUCAGAGGGUCAUACAUGUAGCAUAAUCAUCCCCCAAAUCCAACACCUCGUCCUCUAUUGUAUCUCUCUGAGCUCAUCCUUCUAGUAGCUUAAUUGCCCAUACGGUUGCUAAUACAGAGGGAUGAGGCGGUGGAGGUGUGGGGGGACGAGGUCAUGGAGGGGUGUCUGCCUAUCCUCCCUCAUUUGGGUGGGGCGCGGGGGUGUUAAAGUCUCAGACGCCCAGUGUUUUUAGACCCCAGUUUGGGACGGAUUUCCCAAAAAGACCUGUCUAAUCGGCUGCUAAGCUUAAUGGGGAAAUCAGCUCGUGAAUGGUAAUCUUAAUGGAGAAAGACACAAAGGGAUGAGGGUGGGGGGGGGGGGGGGGGGUAAUGAGGGGUGAGGGAGGGAGAUUUGAGCGCGGUGUGGCCAGCGCCGGAGGGGGCCUGGGCCUAAAAUCUGUCAGUUUGAGCAUUAAAGGGAGAUUUAACAGGGUGGCUAAGCGGCUCGCUCCGUGUCUGUAAACAAGUCCAAUCCCAUCAGCCACUAGCUCACAUUCUGUCUGCCAGUGAAAUUAGAGAGACAUACACACUCAAUAUACACAGUAGUGCAUGUUCAUACACACACACACACACACACACACACACUGGGACACAUGGAGGUAAUAGGACAGAGAAUGAACACACCUGUAUGGUAAGAUCAGGUUUGGUGAGUGUACAUGUAUAUGGUGAGUUUUUAAAAGGUUUAAUACUUGACAAACUUUUGAAUAGUUUUUUGACCAUACUUGUCAUGAUGGGAUAAACCGUUUCCAUUGUUAUACAGUGCAUUCGGUAAAGUAUUCAGACCCCUUUACUUUUUCCACAUUUUGUUACGUUACAGCCUUAUUCUAAAAUCGAUUAAAUUGAAUGUUUUCCUCAUCAAUCUACACACCUUACCCCAUAAUGACAAAGCGAAAACAGGUUUUAAUAAUACUAAAUACCUUAUAUAAGUAUUCAGACCCUUUGCUAUGAGACUUGAAUUUGAGCUCAGGUGCAUCCUUUUUCCAUUGAUCAUCCUUGAGAUGUUUCUACAACUUGAUUGGAGUCCACCUGUGGUAAAUUCAAUAGAUUGGACAUGAUUUGGAAAGACACACACCUGUCUAUAUAAGAUCCCACAGUUGACAGUGCAUGUCAGAGCAAAAACCAAGCCAUGAGGUCAAAGGAAUUGUCCGUAGAGCUCCGAGACAGGAUUGUGUCAGAUCUGGGGAAGGGUACCAUAAAAUGUCUGCAGCAUUGAAGGUCUCCAAGAACACAGUGGCCUCCAUCAUUCUUAAAUGGAAGACGUUUGGAACCACCAAGACUCUUCCUAGAGCCACCAAGACUCUUCCAAACUGAGCAAUCGGGGGAGAAGGGCCUUGGUCAGGGAGGUGACCAAGAACCCGAUGGUCACUCUGACAGAGCUCCAGAGUUCCUCUAUGGAGAUGGGAGAACCUUCCAGAAGGACAAACAUCUCUGCCGCAUUCCACCAAUCAGGCCUUUAUGGUAGAGUGGCCAGACGGUAGCCACACCUCAGUAACAGGCACAUGACAGCCCGCUUGGAGUUUACCAAAAGACACCUAAAGGACUCUCAGACCAUGAGAAACAAGAUUUUCUGGUCUGAUGAAACCAAGAUUGAACUCUUUGGUCUGAAUGCCAAGCAUCACAUUUGGAGAAAACAUGGCACCAUCUCUACUGUGAAGCAUGGAGAUGGCAGAAUCAUAAUGUGGGGAUGUUUCUCAGCUGCAGGGACUGGGAGACUAGUCAGGAUCGAGGGAAAGAUGAACGGAGCAAAGUACAGAGAGAUCCUUGAUGAAAACCUGCUCCAGAGCACUCAAGACCUCAGACUGGGCAGAAGGUUCACCUUCCAACAGGACAACGACCCUAAGCACACAGCCAAGACAACACAGGAGUGGCUUCGGGACAAGUCUCUGAAUGUCCUUCAGUGGCCCAGCCAGAGCCCGGACUUCAACCCGAUCGAACAUCUCUGGAGAGACCUGAAAAUAGCUGUGCAGCAACUCUCCCCAUCCAACCUGACAGAGCUUGAGAGGAUCUGCAGAGAAGAAUGGGAGAAACUCUCCAAAUACAGGUGUGCCAAGCUUGUAGUGUCAUACCCAAAGACUCAAGGCUGUAGUCGCUGUCAAAGGUGCUUCAAAAAGUACUGAGUAAAGGGUCUGAAUACUUAUGUAAAUGUGAUAUUUCAUUCAUAAAAACUGUUUUUGCUUUGUCAUUAUGGGGUAUUGUGUGUAGAUUGAUGAGGAAAAAUAACAAUUUAAUCAAUUUUAGAAUAAGGCUAACUUAACAAAAUGUGGAAAAAGUAAAGGGGUCUGAAUACUUUCCGAAUGCACUGUAGCUAUCAUGUCAUGGUGUGAACUUUUGUUUCUAUAGAAACUAUUUCAAUGGUGACUCUGGCUGUGGUGGGAUUGCUCCAAUACCAGUCUGGGUCCUAAAUGGCACCUCUAUUCCCUAUAUAGUGCACUACUUUUGACCUGGGCGUAUAUAGGGAAUAGGGUGCAAUUUGAGAUGGACCCCCAAACAGACAGUACUUCUGACUCUAGUCCUGUACCUCUGUAAUACUAUAGUUUAGUACUAACUGCUCUCUGUUCUGUUGUAGCAUCAAUUAUUUUAUUCAGCUCACUCCACACUGUGUCUAACUUCCAUAACAGGCCUGUGGUUAGAGAAACAGAGAGAAGGGGAGUAAAGAGGGAGAGAGAGACAGAGACAGAGACAGAGACAGAGACAGAGACAGAGACAGAGACAAAGAGAAGGGGAUAGGUGGUGUAGUGGAAGAAAAGUUUGGAGAGGGAGAGAGAGGGAGACAGAGAGAGAGCGAUGAAUGAGUGUGGUGCCGGUAUCAGGGGAGGGCAGACAGCGGGUGUGGCGGCAGUGUGUGAGUGAGUGUGUGUGUGUAUGUGUGUGUGUGUGUGCGCGUGGGUCAGAGGAAAGGGAAGCAGGCUGCUGGGCCGUCUCCGCGCCGGAGUAGGCCGUUAAUUAAAUCUGAGGGACAGACAGGAGGGCUGACUCCCCCCUCUCCUCCCUUCCACCCUCCUCUGUCCGCCUCCCAGGCCUCUGGCUACUCUGGGACUGUGGGAGGGAGAGGGAGAGAGGGAGGGAGAGAGAGGUGAGGAGGAUGGGAGAGAGCAGGGGCGCCGGGCUAAGCGUCUGGCUGCCUGUGGAAACUGUAAACCUUGGCUCUGCG